UCACUUGAUACUCUGCAAGCCUAAUCUUUUGGUAUUUUCUCCUUUUCCAUCAUCGGUUCUACAUGUUAAGCCCCAGCUUUGAGAAAUUUAGUCAUGUUUAACGAAGAGUUGAAGCCAUUCUUGAAUGGCCAAGACGACAAUGAACUCACCAGAGACACCCUUCCUGCAAGUCCCCGUCAAAAGAAUCGAUUUAUGUUGAUAUCCCUAGCGGUUAAUGUUAUGUUGUUCUUUGUUUGCACAACAUUGAGUGUGGCAACAUUUCUUCUCUCAAACUCGAACACAGCUUCAACUACCACACAGGAGCUCAACAAGGACUGGCACACAGAGCCGUACUCACCAGCCAACUCCGCCAUUGAAUACGAAUACCGAUAUAUGAUAAACAACGACACUCGAUUUACGGGCUAUCCGAGACUUGAAUGGGAGCAUUCAAUGAAUGAACUAAUGGAAGGGACCCUUAUACGAAUAUCGAAUGAAGAAUUGAGCUUGUAUGGCAAUGACUCGAUACCAUUGAAGGACGGCGGGUACGCAGCAGGCCUUGCGGUCGGGCAUAAUCUUCACUGUGUGAAAAAGCUUAAGAAAUUCUUAUACCGAGAACACUUCUACCCAAAUUUAGAUUCUAAUGAGGUUGAUUUCAGCUACAUUCAGUCCCAUGCAGAUCACUGUCUCGAUUUCUUAAGGCAGAGUAUUCUUUGUCACUUGGAUUACUCCUUAUAUACAUUAUACUGGGGGGAACGACAACAAGAUAUACCAACUCAUCAUGACCCGGGCAUACAGAAAUGCGUUAAUUGGGACAAGUUACAUGGGUGGAUGAUUGAAAGAUCAGUUAGUACUGAUAUGUUAGUUAGACCAUGAACCCGAUCCCAAGUCUAGGUAGAAAGGCCAAAGCAUGCUUAGGGCAUUUCUAGGUAGUCAAGGCGCCUAGUAGUAGCGGUAUUCCCGAUAGGAAAGCAUCAUUUUAUUCUACA